ACUUUAGGAACAAAUCCAAAGAUUCUUCAAAACCUGCUUGUCGCUAUUCCUUUUCUCCCUAAUUUUUCAUCUUGACCCUAUGGCAAUAAUAAAGCCACGUCGCUCCUACCUGAUUGCGGCUUAUGCCUUCUCCCUACUCCUUAUCUAAGUGGAGGAAGAACAACCUAGCAGGGCAACAAUAAUGGCAGAGGCAAGAAGCAUUAGUGGCAGCGACGUCAGUGAAGUAAGGACUGUUAAACCCAAGAUUGAAGGAGAAGGAAAAGCUUUCUGUCACUGUGAAGAAGGGUGGUCAUGUGUGAUCACCAAGACCAAAGGCCCAGAUGCCGGCAAAGUGUUCUUCAAGUGCGGCGAAGGUUGCAUCUGCGUAAACGUGACAGAUGACGGCGGUAUCGCUACUUCAAGCAGCAUCCCUGAGGGAUUUGGUGAAUUGGGAGGAGGCAAAACUUUCUGCAAAUGCGAGGAUGGGUGGGCAUGUGAGAUCUAUAAGACAGAGGCCCCUGAUGCUGGCAAACCAUUCUAUAGCUGUGCGGAGGGUUGUAAGUGUGUGACUCCUGCUUAAUGCUUUACUGUAAGAAUAAUUAUAACUAAGAUGUAGAUGUGGGGCAAUAAUAAUUGCAUAGUGCAGUUGGUGAGUUAUGGCGCAAAAAGUCCAUGCUCUUUAUACGAGCUCUCGAGUUCAGCCUCUUGAUAGAGAGGUCUUUUGUGUGGGCUUGUGAGCAAGCCACAAGCCAAAAGUGCAUUUAGUGGUCUUCCUUUGGUUCAUCAGUGGCUAGUGUUUGUAUGUCAAUCAUGUGUCUAGUGUUUUCAUGUUACGGUAUAUUUGUUACAUAUAUAUAAAAUAAAAAGAUGUUUAAAA